AUGUCCCAACCAGCAGAUCGCCAGGUUCGAUUCGAUCUUCCAAUGGACACCGACGAUGAGUCUAGCUAUGCUGGCAUAUCUCAGUCGCCGACAUCCAAUGCUGAUGUGACCCCAAAGGCAUUCUAUUUUGGCAUUGGUCUUCCACCGGGGCCCCAAACAAAGUUCAACUUUGGCAUGGACAUCCAAGGUCCUUCGGCGCCGUCGCCAUUGCCGCGACCAACACCACCAAAGUUCAACUUUGGAAUGGACAUAGACUGUCCAGCAGGGCCACUGCCUACUGCAUCUGCGCCGCUGUGCCUCGCAGAACCCCAUUUCGCUAUAGGAGUCAAGCAGCCUAGACAUCCCCAUCGAACCCAUACACCACUUCCUUGCAAAGUCUCGACUCACUCGACUCACCUGUGUUGCACCGGUCUAUGUCCGACUCGGCCGAUAUGGAUCCGUGGCCUCGGUCUCUUGCAGAAGAGCCAGGGUUGUCUUAACCGUCCCUUGCUCACCGGAUCGGCCAUCGCGCACCUCGGCCAACCGUUCUGUCCCAUUGGUACCAAAUCCUCCCAUGUCCUACCCAUGUCCGCCUAUCUCCAUUGCCUAGACUUACGUGCCGCUCAUCGGCAUCAGACUCCCCACCUCGCCUUGGUAUCUUGCAUCGGUAUCUCGCGCCAGGUGUACCAUUGGUAUCCCAUAUCGCGUCGGACAAUUUCGGACUCGGACCUUCGCACUAUUCGAAGGAAGUGCUUCAAUAGCAGUCCCCUUGGGUCGAAGUACUGCACUCGCACCCAUUUGGAUUUACCAUUUAACUUUGUGUUUGAUCUACACAUCCCAGCUGCCCAACCGGCCACUCCUCCUGCUCUCAUCCAGGAGCCAUUCAACUUCAGCCACAAUCUCGCGAUCACCAUCCCUGCUGCCCAGCCGGCCACACCUACUCCAAUCCAGGAGCCGUUCAACUUCGGCCUUAAUCUUGCCAUCCCAACUCAGCCACAACCAGCAAUUCCCAGCACCACUCCACAGCCCUUCAACUUAGGAUUCAAUAUUCCCAUCAAGCCCAAACCCACUGCUGGUACCCUACCGGUGAAGGCACCACCCGCAACAGUGUCUACAUCCCAGCAUGUAGGAUAUAAUAUCAACAAUGAACCAUUUCAAUUUGGCUGUGAAGCUCUCUCGCCGAUUGGACAAUGGACACCGGUGCCAAUUCCAGCGCCAGCACUCAUUUCUGUUCCUGCGGCACCGCCAGCAGUGCCAAUCGCCAACCUUGCUCCUUACAAAGCAAUGUCACUCCUCAAUGCCGAAAGGAGUCUGCAAUCGCAAACUAGAGCAACCUUAAUCGACAAUGCCAAACAAGCGGCGAUAAAGAUUGUUGAACGCUUGAACGGAGACAAAUUUGACAAAUUGGCACAACUGAUGGCCAGCAGCAUGAUUCAGGAUGCCAACGAGCUCCGGGAUCCCACACCCGACGAAAUGCUGGGCAUCAACCGGGUUAUGCUAUCGGCAUUCUGUGAAUCCCAAGACAGGCUGGCUAGCAUCUUUAAGGACCUCAUCAGCCUGCAUCACAUUGCACAGGUCCAUGACCGGGUUGCACCUGCAGUUGCAGCAUUGAUGAAAGAGGUGGAGAGAGCAGAGGCAAAUGCUGCCAAGCAGUAG